GAAGUGAUUGUGCAACAGUUCUGCCCUUAAAUGCAGCGAGCGACUGAAGUUCUCAGUGAGGACUCAUCAUGAGGUCGCUGGUCUUCUUUGGUCUGGUGCUGUUUCUGGCAGAAAGCGGUUUGGCACAGAAACCACAUCCAUGCCACUCUCCGCCGCUGCUGUCCGGCAGUUUGAGUGUGAGUGCUAGAGAUGGUCAGGACUGGUCGUUUGCUAAAUAUCGCUAUGAUGCUUUUGGGCAGCGCAUCCAUAUAAGGGAAUUUGGACAACAUGACAACAAAUCAUUCCAUCUGAAUAUGCUGUUCCUCUUUCGGGAGCGUGUGGUUUACAGCAUCAACAUGAGGAACAAGACGUGCCAGAAGAAUCCUCUCCAAACGGCUUUCCAUCCGUUAAUGAUUCCACGCAAUGCCUCACUGCUGGGACAGGUGGUCCUGGGCGGCUCUUCAGGGCCGGGCGAAGGUCUGCUGGUCAACACCUGGACCGGAGUCAUACCUGAGACUCAAGGUAAAUACAUGGCAACAGUGACAGAGUUUGGCUGCAUCCCGGUGUCAGUUAUAUACUAUACAACACAGAUGGGAUGGGUGGUCACGAGCUAUUUUAAUGCAGUAAAAGGGAUUGAAGACCCCGAUCAGCUCAACCCUCCGUCAUUCUGCACUGACGCACAAACAGAAGAGACGAUGCUCAACUUCUACAGUGGCUUUUUCUGAGAAACAUGUUUUAAAUGGGAUUUUAACCAUUUUGAAGCAAUCCACAUUUUCUGAAUGAUUACUUUUAAAAACGCGCUUUAAUGAUAAGUUUAAAAAACUUGCACUUAUUUGAUUUGGGCCGUUGUCUUGGGCCUGUUUCACAGCUGUACUUGCAUUCGCUCUAUAAAAACAGCUCAAUCGAUGUCAAAUGUUUGACGGCUACGGUAGUUUCCGCUACAUAGAAGCACUUUAAUCAAAUGUGAAGGAAAAAUAAAGG